AUCAUCUGUUUCAAUAUUUUUCGGCCUGUUGCCUUUUCCACUUUCUAAACUUUCGGCGUGUUGUCUCUUCCUUCAUUCACAACUAUCUCCGUGCGUGUGUUACAAAGUAUUUUCAUUGUCCAGUUCCCAGACGCCAGAGACAAAGUCUUUUUCAAAUGGCUGAAGAAAUCGACGAUAACGGAUUUUAUCGCGAAGAUUUCAGUGCAGAAUCUGAUUGGGAAGUAUUUAAUGCCCAAUUGGGCGAUUUAUUUCAACGAUGGGAACUAUCUAAUGAGAACGAUUGGGGCGACGCAUCUUUCAAUGUUAACAACACCAAAUGGCAGAUUGAUGAGGAACAAUUGGAAGUCUUGGGCAAACCCAUGACUGUGAAAUACUACAAGGCAUUGCUGGAACCGGGUACAUGUUCCAAAAGUGCAAAUGUUACACCACAAUUCCAUCAGGAUUUGAUGUGCGUGAAGAGCACAUUGGAUCAGCCUACAUUCCUCGAUGAGAAGGCAAACGAUGUCCAUUAUUUGGCUCGCAUGUAUGGUUUGAGGCGCUUUGUUGUCAUGCAUCCAUCGCAACUGCAGAAUCAUUAUCUAACCAACACUUCCAAGUUCAGUUUCUUCCUGAGUUCCAUAUCGGUGGUGGCAGCCGAGGUGUGUUCUGCAGUUCCCAUCUUUCUACAUAUACAUGAUCCGAAAUGGAAUUUCUUCUUGGGCAUUGGAAUGUCUUCGUAUAUGCGCACAAAUUUCCAUUCGGUGGCAUUGGAACAGGCACCAGCCGAGUACCUGUAUUUAUCGGGUUUGGUGAAAAUGUUCAAAGAGAAACUGCCCAGAAAUCAUGAUAAACCCGCUGUGGUUUCCGUGCGCAUCACAUAUGCCAUGGAUACCGUUAAGCUACGCGUUCCCAUGUAUGUUCCCUUUGGCAUGACACCCGUGGUGGAUGAGGAACGUUCCGUCAUAGAGGUGUCCCAAUUCACAGCAUUGCCACAUGGUUAUUUUCCCGGUUCGAACACCACAAUGUUUGCCACAUUUACAUGGCCGGAAUUGAUGGAUAAUAUGUUUAUUGAUUCGCCGCUGCAAACACAGUUCAUACCCUCAAAGGCCCCGUGUGGUAAACUCUAUCAAACCGUACAUGCCAAUUCAUAUUUAACUGCCUGUCUAAAGGAUUAUUACAAUUUGAUAACUGCCAAAAAUACUCUGGAAUCAUAUGUGGGUCGUAAUUUUUCCGGGGCCACAACUAUGGCCGAGGAGGGUAAUCCUCUGGAUCAAUUGGGUGGCAAAAUUGGUUCACAUCGUCCACAGACAAAACAAUAUGCUGACAAUACUCAGCAAGCAACAUCUUCUGGUGGUCAAAGUAAAUUGCCCGGCCCCAUGAAAGAGUAUGAAUUGAAUCCCAUGCUGUACUAUCUGUUGCCCAAUAUAAAGCCGGAUCUGGCUUUGUUUCUCUAUGAAAUGUUGAGCAAGGAUAAGAUUGAUCCACAUCGCAUCAAAUCGGCCGAAUCCGACUCCUUGGUAUAUCGUUUAAGCUGCCUUUUGGCCACAGUUCAUGCUCAUUUUGGUGGUAAAAGUGGUUUUGCUCAAUUGUAUGCAGCAUUUACACGGGAAUUACGUCAGCUGUGGGAAUCAUGCACUCCUAUACCCGGAGUUGCUCCUGGCCUGCCAGAUACUCGAACCUGUCUGCUACAUCAAAAGCUGCAAAUGCUCAAUGUGUGCAUUGAGAAACGCUUGCAGCGUGAAAAGGGCAUUGCUGCUAAAACGGAAGGUGGCAUGGCCAUGCAUACGGUUGAAUUGGUUACUGACGAUGAUGAUGAUGACGACGAUGAGGAUGAUGACACCAAUGAGGAGUUUUAUGAUCUGACCGAAGAAGAUAGCGAUGACCCGACUGAGGUGGCAAAACCAAAAGAGGACAAUUCGAAAAAUCCCUUGAAGGCAGAAGGACGUUUGCGCCGUUUCAAAAAUCUAAAACUAAUUGGCAGCGAUGAGUAUUUGUAUGUACCAGUUACCCAGGAUUUGGCACCCAAGACCGAGGAUCAAUUGCAGGAUGCAUCGGAUGUCAUGCUGAAAAUGGGUUCAGAUUCGGAAUUCAUAACCGAUUUGAUGUGUUCCACUGUGGUCUCGGAUGCCGAAGCCUUUAAGGCGGCCAAUCCCAAGGCCGGUUUUGAGGACUUUAUACGUUGGUUCAGUCCCAACGAUUGGGAAGAAUAUUGGAAUGAGGAAACGCAGGAGACGGGUCAUAAACUCAGUGCCCGCAUGCAGGCUGCCGGCAAUACAUGGCAAAAGGUGUGGGAACAGGCCAAGCCGGUGCCAGCAGCACGUCAGAAACGCCUAUUCGAUGACACCCUGGAGGGCUACAAAAUCCUCAACUACUUGGAAUCUCGUAAUUUGGGAGAAAUUUUUGGCCUGACCAUUGUGCCACUUUUGCAUAGCUCCAUACUCAAAUUGAAGGACAUUUUCGCUAACACCCAAGUCCUGGAACUGUUCACCGAAACCUUGGAUGAAAUCCUAGCCGACCUAAGUCGUUUUUCACGUGACAUAGAACUUGUUGAGGCCUUACCCAGCCCCAGCAGCUCGGAGGCGCCCAAAAUCAAUGAAAACAAAUACACUCUUCAGCUACCCAAUCCCCAGCCACUGCUGAAGAAAAUCGAACAAUUGGAAAGGGACUACUAUCAUUACAAAUGUUUUGAAUGUUUGCCGGGUGUGAAUGGUCUACCAAAGGCGAAAUUACAUUCGAAAUUCUGUGAAAUAUUAAAAAAUAAUGGCCAUUGUAAUAUUGUGAAUGCCGCGGAGGAUCAUGAUGGUGGCGUUGUGGAGCAAGUCUUGCAAUCUCUAUUCAUAGGCGAUAUGCGCGAGAAGCUAAUGAGUAAAGACUAUGUAAUACGUUUGGGUGAGGGUUUAGUUGCCGAUGAGAGCCCCAAGGAUGUGGAGGCGAAGGACCAGCAGCAGCCGCAAGCUGGUUUCUCCAACUAUUUAAUGCCCCAGUUUUUGCGCGCCAUUGUAACGGGCGAAAAACUACGCCUGUGUGGGGCAUUCACCGAAAACACCACGUUUUUGGAUUAAGAUUCGAAAUUUCUCUAAAGUUUUUAUAUUCUGGUGUAGGGUAUUUCGCGUUUUAAAGUAUUUCAUAAUGUUUAUCCGAAUUCUCUAUAAGUCUUUGUAAAAAUUUGUAAUGUUUUCUAUUUUUAAUCCAAUAAAUAUUUCUAUAAUCUUUCGGUGUAUGGUCACAAU